CCAAGUACCUAGCCCGUGCCUGGCAGUCACAUCUACUGAGCGACCUGCAGCCCGCUGUCAUGCUGAAAGCAAGUGUUCUCAGGAACAAAAUUACAGUCAGAAGCUGGCCAGGCGAGCGGCAGGUGUCGUGAGGUGCACGUUCUCUCCCACCGCCUCGAGUCCCAGCCCUGGGGCCCUCUGUAUGAGUGACGCGUCAGCCUGCCAUGGAACCUGGCCCUGCGCUGGCCUGGCUUCUGCUCCUGAGCCUGCUGGCUGAUUGUCUGAAAGCUGCUCAGUCCCGAGACUUCACAGUGAAAGACAUUAUCUAUCUCCACCCAUCAACCACCCCGUAUCCUGGUGGGUUUAAAUGUUUCACCUGUGAAAAGGCAGCAGACAAUUAUGAAUGCAACCGGUGGGCUCCUGACAUCUACUGUCCUCGAGAGACCCGCUAUUGCUACACUCAGCACACAAUGGAAGUCACCGGAAACAGCAUCUCUGUCACCAAACGCUGUGUCCCGCUGGAAGAAUGCUUGUCCACUGGCUGCAGAGACUCAGAGCACGAAGGCCACAAGGUCUGCACUUCCUGCUGCGAAGGAAACAUCUGUAACUUGCCACUUCCUCGAAAUGAAACUGAUGCCACAUUUGCCACGACGUCCCCUAUAAAUCAGACCCGUGGACGCCAGCACUGCCUGUCGGUGAUCGUCUCCUGCCUGUGGCUGUGGUUGGGACUCACGUUAUAGCAGUGCUGUAUGCAGCAGCGGUCCUUGGGACCUUGGGGGUCCACCGUCAUGCAUGAGUCACUGGCCUGACAGUAGUUACACAUGUGAGAAUGCUGCAGUCACGGACGUCAUCACAGCCAGGCAUGACCAUUACCAUGAAGAACAAGCGUUGUUUCAGUGUUGUCAUUUGGAGUCCAAACAAGACCCCAUCAAAGCUAGCCUGCCCACAGGGGGGACCCUGAGUUCGGUUCCGCAGACCUUUGUUUUCACUCCACAAACUAGUUACUGUGAUCUGAGGUUGUUGAUUUAGAGUUCAUGCAUGAGCUGCAGAGGUCCUGGGAUCCUUUGAGAUGUUAGAAAUAUGUUAUAUGGACACAUACAGAUUUUUUUUCAGGAGAAAGAUAAAGAACCACUGGUCUAAUUAUAAUGGUUUAUUCCCUUAUAGCUUUAGGAUUUUAAAAUUUCAGACCCCCAAAGGAGUGGACUAUUUCCUUUGAGAUCCUGGAGGAGUCCUUGGAAGAGUAGUAAGCAAUUUGCUCAAUUUAAUUUCCCUAGCCGUCUUUCAUCCCUAAAAAUCGUAUUUUCUGUGCUCCUGGAAGAUUAAAACGGCAGUGGUAAAAUUUUGGUGUAUUUGUAGGGGGAGCUAGAGAAGGAUUUUCCCCAAUUCAACAAAAAGGACAUCCAUGAAGUAGCUGUGUUUGGCCCUUCAUGUACUGAGGAGAUUGGCUUUGACACGGCCUAACGGUGCUGUAGGAGCCUUCAUUCCACCUGGGCCCUUGGUGUCCAAAGAGUCCCAGACACCAGGGGGUUCUUUCCUCCAGGCACUGGGUUCUAUUCCAGCAUGACUAAGGGAGACAGAGGCUUCUGGAAUGAACGGACAGUUGUGGACGUUUGUCCAAGUUCACUUUGAGGGUGCAGAAGUGGUGCGGCCAGCUUCCUCCCCCGUCUCCAGUGCUCACUGUCAAAGAGUCCUCGCCUCUCAAAUUCCCAGUGACUGUAGGGAGAGAGCUCUGCAUUAAAUUGUCUCUAGAUCAGUAGAGAAAUACAGCAGAAGAGUUGGAUGGGAAAAAGUGUUUGUAAGACAAGUAAGGAAACCCAAUGGGACGUUUUUAUUUCUUUUAGAUAUUGCUUUGAACUACUGGAUAAAUUCUUCACCUCCCACCUAUAUUUUGGGCACUCAAAGUUAUUUUUAUUCUUCCUUGUAAAUCCUUUAAACAAUAUUUAUUUUUGUACGGCAUAACUGGAAACUAAAAUAUAGUCUAAAUAUUCUUUAUUCUAAAAAAAUGAUCAAAUUAGAAAGCUUAUUUUUCCACAGUGGUAGAGGUAGAGCUUGUAAUAUAUGUUCGUGGAAAGGUAUCUGUGACACCAGUGUUGAAAAAAGUUAUUGUGAGCAAGAGUAAUGUGUUUGCCUCCAGGAUUUGGCCCAUGGUUUCCCCGGUGGUAUUGUUUCAGAAGUAGUCAAGUGGAGACCAUCACGGGUCAGAAUUUCUGUGCAGGGUUAAGAGGUGGGUCUCAGUGGACCCAUGACUGAGAAAGAGAACGAGGUUGUGAGAAGCCAUCUGCCCUGCAGAGGAAACUGUCCCUGGCUCAUAAAAUGAGAUCCCUUCAGGGACCAAAUAGGAAGAAGUAUCAGUCACUCUGAUUCAGAGUAAUCUAGACUGUGUUACAUCGCCUUAAUUUAUAGUUUGGUAGGCUUAUUAACUUGCUACUUACAAUUAGGGUUGGGAGAGUACAGGGAGAAAAACCAAGACGUUUAUUAAGCACCUCCUAUGUGCCAGGCACUCUGCUAAGCACUUUACAUAGUUAGGUCAUCUAAUCUCUACAGGAACUCUAUAAGGAAUAUUACUAGUAUUUACACUUCACAAAUGAAGGUGCUGAGGCUCAAAGAAGCUCAAUAAGUGAAGCCCUUUCCUUCAGAUGCAGGUUUGUGAGAUGAAGCAGGAUUGGAAAGGGAAGUGGAAUUAUCUUCAUUAUCUUCCUAGGAAAACUUCCAGGCCUCACUUCAUGGGAAUUUGUUCACCUAAUCAUGUGGGGUUUAUCUCAUCCUGCUUUUGCGGGAUGCCGUUUGCAUGUGUCCCCAGAUGAUGUCUUUUCUUUGGAAAGUAAGGGUAUAGCGUCCUUAUUCCUCCCUCUUGCUAAAAGAGGAGACAGUUGAUACUGCAUCAAAAGAUGCUAGAAGACGAGAACCUGAUGUACAUAUACCCACGUACAUUUUUGUGCAUGGUCACGUUCCACUGACAUUCUCUACGUCCUGCAUGCAAUUCUGAAUAGGAGAGAAGGUGACCACGUCCAAGCCUCCCUGGUGGGGGGUGGGCUCAGGACCACGAUGGUGCAGCUUCACCCACUACCCAGGGGGCUGCAUGCGUCCUGUACACCUCUCAAAAUGGUGGUUUUUUAAAAAAAAUUCUCUCGAAAAGAAAUGGUUUGCUCACCAUCCCUGGCCUCAAGGAGCCAAGGAGGGGCCAUUCGGGUAAAAGAUUCAGGGCUGCUCAGCCGGCUGACUUUUCCACCACGUUAAACUUUCCUUUAAGUCUCACCAUGGGUGACAGUUUGAAGUGCAAAGAGCCAUGAUGUGUAUAUUAACCUAUGUGCCACAUAUUUAUUUUAGACCCCCCUCAACAUUCAUGUCAAUAUGACAUUAAUGUCUAAAUAUUGUAAAUAUUGUACAUUUUGUAAAUCAAUUAAUAAAGAUUUUAAGUGUA